CCGUCUCUUGGCGGCAGCGGCGCGCGGGGGAAGAUGUCGGGCGGCGACGCGAAGAAGCUGGUGCGCUCCCCCAGCGGGCUGCGCAUGGUGCCCGAGCACCGCGCCGCCCGCAGCCCCUUCGGCCUGGACGAGCCGCCCUGGGUGCCCGACAAGGAGUGCCCAAGAUGUAUGCAGUGUGAUACAAAAUUUGACUUCAUAACUAGAAAGCAUCACUGCAGAAGGUGUGGGAAGUGUUUCUGUGACAAGUGCUGCAGUAAGAAAGUGCCUCUGCCCCGCAUGUGCUUCGUGGACCCCGUGCGGCAGUGCGCCGAGUGCGCCCUGGUGUCGCAGAAGGAGACCGAGUUCUACGACAAACAGCUCAAAGUGCUCAUGAAUGGUGCUACAUUCUUCGUAACUCUGGGAACAUCUGAUAAAUCUGAGCUCAUGGUUUGUCGACUCUCCAACAACCAGAGAUACCUGGUUUUGGAUGGAGACAGCCAUUAUGAAAUUGAAAUUAUACAGAUUUCAACUGUUCAGAUACUUACAGAAGGAUUUACUCCUGGAGAAAAAGAUAUUCACACUUACACCAGCCUCCUGGAGAGCCAGCCUGUUACUGAAGGAGGCAACACUCGUGCCAUAGGAAUGGUCCUGCAGUACAAGGUGCCGGGGUCAGAGGAGGUGAUGCAGAUGAAGUUCACUGCUGGUGAAGACUUCAGCUGUAACAAGAAGCUGUCAGCAGCCUGGCUGGCAGCUAUGCAUAAGGCAACAAAACUUCUCUAUGAGUCUCGGGACCAGUGAGAACUGCAGCUGUGGCCUCCUGGGGACACACAGACACCAGCCUCCACUGACCUGCCUCUCACUUUGUGCUGAUUUGACAGCUGGAAAUAUUUGCUGUUCUUGACUCUCUCUCUCUCAUUCCAGCAUGGUUCAUUAUGUAAGAACUGGCAAAUGCAAUGUGAGUAUUUUUUUGAACCAUGAGUAUUCACGGUAGUGUGCAAUAUGUAUACAGUUAAUGCUUUAAACAGCCUCACCUUUUAAGACUUUGUAUAUUUUGUUAAGCCUUUACUGGCACUUAAUAUGAAAGUGACCUGCACUACAGCUAAUGUACAGCACAACUUUUAUAGUAACCAUUAUAUAUACUGUUUGCUACAGGAAGCAAACAAAUGUGUAUGUCUCUUCUGCAGAGAAUAGCUUUUGGGUAUAGAUCUCAGGUUUUUCCCUCUAUCCAAAUGUUUAAAAUCAAUGUACAAAAAGAAAUCUGCCUUAGAUAUGAUUUUAUAGAAAUCACAUGGGUUUUUUUAAACAUCUAAAUUUUUCACUGAAUACCACCAAAUUUGACUUGUAUGAACUCGACCGUGAAACUUCACUUCUGUAAUAAGCUUCCAGAAUAAUUUUUAGUUUUGUAUUUUCUUUUUUGGUAAUGAGCUUUUGUUAAUCUAACUGUAAUGCUAUCUGAAAUUGUAUACAAUUUAAUGUACAAAUAUGAAUAAAUUAAUUCACUUAUUUAAAAAAAGGUGUUAUUUAAUUUUGUAAUAUACAACUUCUUUAGUAAAGGCCACCAUAGUCUCUGAACUGUAAAAAUUUUCACUUUUUCUAAAGAAAACACUAAUUUUAGUUCUAAGUUAACUUUUCCCAGUUGGAAUACUGGGAUACUAGUGUGUAAGCACAUCUUCAGUGAAGCUGAUAAAACAAGGAGGAAAAGUGGGUUGUCAGCUGUAACCUUGGCAAACUACAAUCAGUGUUUUCAUGCAGACUCUGACCAAAGCCACAUCUGCUGUUGAGACCUCUAUAAAGAGAGUGGAGAAUGCAGCCAUGCCUUAGCAGUACUUUAUUGUGCACAUUUACAUGUUCUCUGAAUUAGUGUAUCAUAGGCUCUUGAAAUCAUCACAUUCAUGUAGCAAAUUCUUCAACAAUAAUACCCUUUCACUUUUCACCACAAUAUAUACAGUUAAUGCUGACCUGUGGUAAAAGCAAGUUACAGCACUGCAGAAAUGGAUAUAUAAAUUAUACACAGAACUUGUACAUGAAGAGUUAAUCAAAUUGCAUACUGUUAAAUGGGAGAAAAUUACAAGAAAUAUGGCUAAAACUUAUAACGGGAAAUUCAAAAUAUACUUUUGGUAUAUAAAAUCAUGUACAAUUAAAAUUCCAGUGAAG